CCAGCAGAAAGCAGCCCGCCCCGUAACGGGCAGCUGCUUGGAAGGGCCCGUCGGAACCGCCCUGCCAGCCGCACGUGGCAGAGAUAAGGGCGGCAGGUGACGCCAGCCUGAUAAGGAGCCCGGGAUAGGCGAGGGGGCCCCACCCCACGGGCCCGGCAGAGGCAGCCUCGCCAUCCUCGGCCCCGACCGUCCGCCCGCCCGCAGCCAGCCCGAGGCAAGAGGAGGAAGGGACCGAGCCUGCGGCCCGCAAAGCGCCAUGGGCCAAGGUGAGCGGGGACUCCCUGGGCACUGCCAAGCGGUCUAAACCCGGUGCCAUCCCAGAGGCGUCUGCUAGGCUCCUCGGCGCAGCAUCACAGCGCGGCGCAACGGAGGCUGGCCAGGCGGGCGGGAGCCCCUGGCCUUGUAGGGAGGAGGCCGGCAGGGAGCCACGAAGCGGGGCGAGGGUGCUGGGUGCAAGCUGGGUGCGUCUCAAGGUGGGGGGCGUUUAGGCCCGGCUAAAGCGGGGCGAGUGGGAAGGGUACCAAAAGAGCAGGUGGGUCGGAGGGGGCUGACGAGCGCAGCCCGGUCGAAAGGACUCCUCUACAGCCAAGAGCAGGAGCAGAGCUUUGGGCAGCAACCUCAGUGACCAGGAGGAGUUCGGGGACCAGCCCCGUUCUCACGUGCGGCGUGUGCGUUGCUCUGUCACACCCAGCGGCGUCAGGCAAGACCCCCCUCCCGCGCACUUUUGCAACAUGGCUUCCCCCCGCCAUUCCAAACAGACCUCAGCACCCUCAGCAGAGUCCCACUUCUCAGGGGUCGUGAGCAGCCCCCUAAGCGUCUUUCAGGGGAGAGAGGGACAUUCCUGGCUGCCGCAGUCUGGCGGUCAGUCACUACUGUCCAGACGCCGGCCUCUCUGGCCCAUCUCGAGGAGAGCUCAAAGACCCCCGCAGGGCCUCGUGGCCCCUCUCUUGCCUACCUGCGCCCCCGUUCCUUUGCCAGAAGAGCGGGAGGGGAGCGGAAGCGACCCCCGACCCCGCCCUGCGUGCCGCCUGCCCCCUCACCGCCCGCCCUCCUCCCGCCCCGCAGCCCUGCAGGUGUCGAGAUGCGACUUGCAGCCGUCGAGGAACAACGCGGCGCACCGCACGGCGGCCGUCAGCACCGAGCGCCUGGUGGUGCGGCGCGGGCAGCCCUUUGCGCUCACCCUCCACUUCCGAGAGCCGCUGCCCGGAGCCCCCCGGAGGUACCUGCGUAAGACCUGCCUGGUCGCCCAGACGGGUAAGCUCCGGAAGAGCCGGAGGCCGAAGACCCGCGGCUCCCCGACGGCCCCGCCGCACCAGGAGCCCCGGCGCGCCUCUCGCGCUCCUCCGGCUGGGAGGGGGGUGGUUGCCGGCUGGCAGAAGCGGCGGGAGCCCACCAGGAGACGCACCGUCUGCAGUUGCAGAGCAGAGCGGGAGGGGGGCGUUAAGCAUCACAGGGGAGAAAAGGAGCGGCAGCACAUUUGCGCGGCGCCUGGAGGGAAUUCCAACCCCUCCAAAAAAGUAAGGCGGGUCAGAGAUGAAGGCGAGAUGAACAAUUGAGAGCGUCCCAUUAACUUUCUCAAUCAUUUCAGCGGUCCUGUAAAGGGGGUCCGCUUUGCUGGGCACACGAGGGGUGGGACUUGCACCUUCGCCAGCAGCAGUGCCCCAGCUGGGGGCGGGGACAGAGAGGACACGCCCACAGACCCUUUUUCAGGAAGCUGUGACUCCUGCAUUGCAGCGGGUUGGACUAGAUGACUCUCGGGUCCCUUCCAACGCGACGAUUUUGAGGUCAGGGCCCCGGGCCACCUCGCGUAGGACUUUUUAGACUGCUUGCCAGCGAUCCUCCAGCGCGUUCAGCGGGUGGUGGGGAGGUCUCGGCCAGCUCCACAUGGAGACGGUGCCAGGAUUUGAACCCGGGACCUUCUGCUUGCAAAGCAACUAACUCUCCCCCAGAGCUAGAAUGCCCUUCUCGGAAGGAAUGUAGAAAAGUAAUUGUGUAGCACCGUCUCCUAAAACAGCUGGGAGGUGUGUCAUAUGUUUGCACUAGAUGUUUUAACACCCCCGUUAAAAUCAGUUUGCCCUGAAUGAAGCCCUGAAUUUGGCCCUGCGGAGGCUCGCCGUCCACCCCACCCCCCGGUCUGACAGGACUGUCGAGGAGAGCUCAAAGACCCCCGCAGGGCCUCGUGGCCCCUCUCUUGCCUACCUGCGCCCCCGUUCCUUUCUCCAGCCAGCCCCCCAGCAGACCUGUCCCCCGCUCCUCGCUGCCUUGCGUCCCCUUUUGGCCAUCUCGCGUUUCUGGCUGCAGGGCAGCGGCCAGCCCAGGCGGACGGGUCCCUGGUGCGCUUCCCCAUCUCCCGCCAGGGCCGCCAGAGCGGCUGGGAGGCUUUCGUGGACGCCCCCGAGAGCCUCUCUUGGACGCUGACCGUGACUUCGCCCGCCGACGCCGCCAUCGGCCGAUAUUCCCUCCUGCUGCAGCAUGGCCGAGGGGCUCCGCGCCCGCUGGGCACCUUCACGCUCCUCUUCAACCCCUGGUGCCAAGGUAGGCAAGACGCGUCGGUGCCAACCAAGGCCAGGAUGCCGGAGCCAAGAGGGCAGUGGGUGGGGUCGGAAGGUCUGCUGCGGGGAGGGGGCGGCGCAGGGGGACCCCUGCCAACCAGAGCAGCCCCCUCCCCAGGCUGUGCUGCCGCCGCCCCCCUGACGGCCCGUCUCCCGCAGAGGACAGCGUCUUCCUGCCCAACGAGGCGCAGCGCCAGGAAUACGUGUGCAAUGAGGAGGGCACCGUUUACUGGGGGCUGGAGGAGGCGCCCCAGCAGCAGCCCUGGGACUACGGCCAGGUGAGCGAGAGACCCAUGCCCCCUCAGCCCAGGGGUCGGCUGCGCCUGGCCGGUCUGGGCCAGGUGGGCGGCCGCACCUGCGGGGCUGCUCCUUACUGCUGCGGAAGGCGCGCGCGGAGCGGAGGGGUCGGGAUGGUCGGGGGACGCGAGUGGGGCUCCCCCCAUCCUCCAGCCUUCAAUGCUCCGCCUCCCUUUUCAGUUCGAAGAGGACAUCGUGGACCUCAGCCUGGCCCUGCCGGCCUUCGGCCUCUUCUGGUUGCAGGACGCGCCCUGCGCCCAGCGCAGCGACCCUCUCCGCGUCUGCCGCCUGGUCAGCUCCAUGGUAGGUGGGCAAGAGCAGGAGGCAGAGUCGCCCGCAGACCCUGCCGGCUUAGUGGAAGCAGCUGCACGUGCUCAGGAACCCGCGGGGCCGGGCCGCUCGCGCCCCCUGCUGGCCACGGGGUGCAUUUAGCUGCCAUUCCUGCAUUGCAGGGGGGUGGACUCGAUGACCCUUGGGGGUCCUGCUGGAUAUUUUUUGAUAGGCAGCGGGUCGGAUAUGUUUUACAAUUUAUCCUCGCUAUUGCUCACAUGUGUGAGCAGAACGUUUAAAGUUAAAACAAUUAGUCAGCAGAGUUCAAAACCCCAUCCUUUGCAGCACUAAAGUGGAAACUUCGGGACUCGGCUGUGUGGCCUUAUUGCCAUUCGUCCAGGCUGGGGGAACAGACUGGAUUUCCCCCUUUCCCUCUUAAUGAAAAGAAUAACACAGCAGACUGUAGACCAAGCGUGAAAACAGCAUUUACGUGCAUAAGUCUUGCGUUCCACUCCAGCAGCAACAGUAACAAAAAGAAGACCAGGAAAAUGCUCCUUGCAAAAUGCAUAGUUAAAAAGGAAGUCUCCAUAAAUGUCUGGCUGCCUCGGAAGCAGCGCGAAAAAGAGAAGAGCUCUGAGGCAGGAGGAACUCUGAGUCUUAACCCUUUCAUACCUGCAACGUUAUUUCGACUGUGAAUUCCCACAAUCCCUUCUAACGCUACAUUGUUAUGUUGGGGGGGGGGGGCUGGACAGGCCGCCUUUCUCCUGGUGCUGCUCACUUUUCUCUCCCCACCCCCCUCCAGCUGAAUAGCAAGACGCACCAAGCGAUCCUGGAGGGUGGCUGGACCGGGGACUACAGCGACGGGACGUCCCCUUUCCAGUGGCCGGGCAGCGCCCCCAUCCUGCGCCGGUGGCUGGCAGCGCGAGGGCAGCCUGUCCGCUACGGGCAGUGCUGGGUCUUCGCGGGGGUCCUGUGCACAGGUACAGGGUCCUGUUCAGGGAUGGGCCCCAGGCGAGGAAGGGGCCCCGGCUGCCUGAGAUGGUUGCCCCCCCACGCCUACUCUGCUAGCUCUGAGGGACGGGACCCCCUCCUGCGGAAAGGGGUUUAGUGUCGAGGGAGCCGGUGUAAACGUCGCCCUCCUAACGGGGCGUGGGCGAACCUGCCGUUCCCUAAAGCUAAAGGGUUGUGAUUCCUGCACGGAAGGGGGUUGGACUGGAUGGCCCUGGGGGUCCCUUCCCCGGGAGCCCUCUCGCCGCCCAGCUCCCGCUGCCUCUCUCUCUGCAGUGCUGCGGAGCCUGGGGAUCCCCACCCGCGUGGUCACCAGCUUCGCCUCCGCCCAAGACACGGCCGGCCGCCUGCGCGUGGACGAAUACUUCGACGAGAGCGCCGCCCUGAUCCCCGGCCUCUCCGAGGCUGCCGUCUGGUGAGGCGCCGAAAUACUGGAGUGGGAGUGAGGUGGGGAGACGGACGGGCUUCGGGGUCCCCCAAGACGCCCCCAGCCCUAAGACAUUCCCCCCCCCCCGGUCUCCCGCAGGCCUUUCCACGCCUGGAACGAGUGCUGGAUGGCCCGUCGGGAUCUGCCCACCGGGUACGACGGAUGGCAAGCCGUGGAUGCCACGCCUCAGGAAGAGGGCAGCUGUAGGUCCCACGGGCGGGUGGGGGGCUGAAGGGAGAAGGGGAGGGACACUGGCAUUGACCCCCAGCCACAAUAUGGAGAGAGCGGGAUGGGGGAGCAGCUUCCACCUAGAGGGGGGUGAGGGAUGGGAGAGAGGCCAUCUGUCAGGGAUUCGUUAGGUGGGAUCAUUGCUUCUAUGAUUGCAUUGCAGGGGGUUGGACUAGAUGACCGUUCGGGUACCCUUCUCUACAGGUCUUCCGUGAUUCUGACUAGCUUGCCCUUUUAGCCACACUGUGUAGCCCCCUCGCCUCCACCUCCACAAGCCAGAGGGGGGCUUCUGCUUGGACCACUACCAGAGGCUAAAACAGGGGUUCCUUGGGCCACAGGGGCCACCCCUACUCCAAUUGUUGUCCUCCCCUUCCUCUCCAGACUCCUCGUUUUGCGGGCCAGCCCCUGUCCGGGCCAUCAAGGAAGGCCGUCUGGACCUGCCCUACGACGUCGCCACCUUCUUCGCAGCCACCCACGCCACCUGCGCUGCCUGGGUGCGACAGGACAACGGGGACUUCCAGCGUGCCUUUUCCUCCACGAAGUUCGUGGGCAACAACCUCAGCACCAAGGCAGUGGGCAGCGACCGGUGCGAGGACCUCACACACCACUACAAGCACCCGGAAGGUAAGUGGCGCAGGUGAGCUAUUGCUCUCUGCUUGGCCCCCCAUCCUGGGGUGGGCUCUAAAUCUGGCGGCAUCUCUGACUCCCCAUUCUCAGCCGGUCAAGGAAGAAAUUUAUCACCUGCUUCCCUGAGGAGCAAAGUGGGAAUGGCUUCUGGGUUUUUUGCAGGGUCUGCUGCAGAGAGGGCUGUGCUGAAGAAGGUCUUUCAGGAACAGGAGCGGCUCCAAGACCAGAUUGAGGGGGACAGCAGCCCCCCUCAGCCUCCACUCGCCCCUCCGGCCCAGGAAGACGACACAGAACCUCUCCUCUUUGCCCACAUCCAGGCCAAGAGCUCCUGGCCGCUGGGGCAAGACGCCCCAGUCUCCGUGUUGGUGGUGAACCGGACUGGGGAGGAGAAGAGCCUGGCACUGGUUCUGGGCGCCCAGCCACUGCAGUAUGAUGGCAAGGCCCUGGCACAGUUCUGGAAAGAGGAGCAUCACUUCACUCUCCCCAGCGGGCACGGUAAGCUUGCUGGGGAGGAUUUGCUGAUUGCAAUUUAUCUCUUCAGGCGCCCACAUGUGUGGGCUGAACAGUUUCUCAAAAUCCCAUCCUUGGCAGCAAAAUUAAAAGCACAGGAAUUAGGCUAAAUCCAACUGUGAAGCAAGCUGGCUCUCCCUUUCUUACCCUGAUUUAACAAAGAAUCAGGGAACAGCCUGGGAAGUAAGUUUAAAAAUAGAAUUUAUUUAAAAUCAUGCAUUGGUUAACCUCAACAGUAGCAGCAAAAGCUAUGCAAGCAAAAUACUUCUGUUUACAGUAUAAUCAGCUUCUGGCAUCUGCCUGAGCUGGAGCAGAUAAAGGGCAUGUCUGCCCUCUUGGCUGGUCAAAGGAAGAGAGAUGAGGGGAAGUGACAUCACACAGAGCCCUCUCUACCAAAUGUAUUUCUAUGGUCUGAGUCUCUGCCUAUCAGCAAAACAGCUCUGUGGUCUUAACCCCUUCUCAUGCUAAUUAGAAAGAAGAGGCUUUUCUUAAGAUUGGCUGCUACUCUCCUACACAGAGAACCAAAGUUGGAAGGGGUCCAAAGGGGCAUCUAGCCCCUUUGGCACCUCUGGGUAGAGAAAGUGCCUUGCGGCCAGUGCUGACCCUGUAGGGCUAGAUGGGCCAUUGGUCUGGCUCAGGAGGAGGAUGCAUCCUGCAAACACCCCUCCCAUCUAGUCCAAGUUUCUUGCAGAGGCAUCACAGCCUGUGAUGGACAAGUCCUUGGUGCCCUCUGUGACUCUCCCUGAGCCCCCCCUGUCUUGUUUUCCAGAGGAAGCCCUGAGCACCACGCUGCCUUACGCAGAAUACGGCCCAGCCCUGCGCAACAACUCUCUCUUGCUGAAGCUGACGGCGCUGCUGAGAGACACGGCCUCCCAUAGCAACCACCUGGCCUGGCAGGAAAUCCGCUUCUGUGCCCCCGGACUCAACAUCCAGGUCAGUGGGAGGCCAGAGCAACACCCCCCCGUUUCUCCAGCUAACUGCACAGACACAGCUGAACCCCACUAACACCUGAAGGCAGAGCAGAGAAAAAUCAACUACUUUCUAAUCCCCCCCUCCAGCAGCUCACGGUGGUACACAGGGUUCUUCCUCCCCACUGCACAACCACCCUGUGAGGUAGGUUCGGCUGAGGAACAGUGAUUGGCCCAAGGUCACCCAGGGAGCUUCAUAGCUGAGUAGGCCUUUGAACCCUGGUCUCUUCCAGGUCCUGGAGCAACUCUAGCUGUUGCACCACAGUAUCUCAAGAAAGGCCUCCUCCAAUGCCUGUUUUGAGGGAGUGAGCCCCCAGUCCCCUUUCCUGACCGUGAGCCCUUCAGGGGAGGAGGUCCUUGUUUCUUCAGACUUGGGGUGCCACAGCAAAGCAGGCUGGGUAGAGCCCUGCCCCUCCCCAUUAGCAAGCCCAGUGGGUCUAUGGCUUCAGCCCACCCCUGCCCCCCAGACCCCCCAAUCCCUGUGCUGCCAUUGUCCUGCUUUCUCCAUGAAGGUCCCUGAGCGCACAGCCCAGUUCCAGGCCACCCAAGCAGAGAUCCAGCUCCACAACCCCCUCCCGGAGCCCCUCCCAGGCUGCCUCGUCUCCGUGUCAGGAUGGGGACUCAUCCACAAGACCAGGAGCUACAGGUGAGGGCACUCCUGGGCAAGGUGGCUUUCUUUGGGGUGGGGGGAUCAAGCCCUCUCCAUGAAGGAGAGAAGGCUCCCUGGCAUUCCAGGUGAAGGCAAAGGCACACACUCCCCAUGGCUGGAUCAGAGCAAGCGGAGGUGGGAGGGGGUGGGACUGUGCCAGCCCAGCCCCUCUUGUCUGCCAGGAUUGAGGGGGAAGGGCUCUCUGCUGAGGUGCCAGCUGGAUUCACCUGCUUGGCACCUCUGAUAACAGAUGGCGGGGUGGUGUUUAUAGGCUUGGGGGGGGGGGGAAAGGUGAGGAGCUGCUCUUAGAAUCAUUGAAUUGGAGAAUUGGAAGGGACCCCGAGGGCCAUCUAGUCCAGCCCCCUGCAAUGCAGAAAUCUCAGCUCAAGCAUCCCUGACAGCUGGCCAUCCAGCCUCUGCUCAGAAACCUCCCAGGAAGGAGAGUCCCCCACCUCCCCAGGGAGUCCCUUCCGCCAUCAAACAGGUCCUCCUGUCCAAAGUUCUUCCUGGUGUUGACAUGGAAUCUCCUUUCUUGGAACGUGAGUCGUGCCCGAGAUGCCCCUUGCCAGUCUACCAUUCUGAUUCCGUGAAUCCAUCUGGAGCAGGAGAAAACAGGCUUGCUCCAUCCUCCUCCUGAGCUGCCCCUCCUCAGGAGAGCUGGCGACCCCCUUCUGCCCCUAACAGCCCCCUCUCCUCCUCUCUGCAGGCUUGGAGACAUCCCAGCUGGCAGCAGCAAAGCGCUGAGGAUCCCCUUCACGCCGACCCAGGCCGGGCCCCGGAGGCUGACAGUGCGUGCAGAGAGCCCCCUGCUCCAGCCCCUCAAGGCCUGCAGGACCAUCCAGGUGGGGGCAGCAGCUUAGAGCUUCUCCAAAGCAACAGGACCCCUCCCCCGCAUUACCAUUAAAUGCACUUGGAGUGACACCCCUCAGACCGUGGCUCCUUCCUCAUCAGCCCAGUGCGGGGGAGCCCUUUCCAAAAGCAGCAGCCCCCCUGUCCCCAAAGCAAGCGGGCUGCUCUCCUGCACUGCUGUUUAGCAGGUAGAGCCAAAGGACAAGCGGCGCC